AAACAAAGAGGUUCCGUUGUCUUGUCGCCAGUAGAAAAAAAAAAUCCUUUUGCGGAUGGGUCUGUCCACGGUCUAGAAAACGGUAACAAAAAUCAAUAAAGUAAUCGAUUGAAGGUGUCCUAGGUGCUAAUCCAGAUUGCUCUUCACGAACGUCACUGCGCCGAGUUGUAAAAUGAUCUGUCUAUGCAGCUUGAUCUACGUGCUAUUAUUCAUCGGCUCUUUCAGUCUGAUCGGACUACUUACUGUGUUUCUGUUACUCCGGCAGCUGAUCAAUAGCCAAAAAAAUAAACGUCGAAAUAAUAAUGACACUGAUAAAUACGUGGCGCUUCUUCAUCCGUAUUGCAACGCCGGUGGAGGCGGUGAACGGGUCCUAUGGUGCGCAGUUCGUGCAUUGCAGAAUAAAUACGAUGGAAUUAAACUGUUCAUCUACACUGGGGACUUAGAGGUCACCGGAGAGGAGAUUCUUGACAAGGCAGAAAGAACUUUCAAUCUACGUUUGGACAGAGACACGAUCCAGUUUGUUUUCUUGAAGAAGCGGAAAUGGGUAGAAGCGAAACGUUAUCCUUAUUUCACUCUGCUAGGACAAAGUCUGGGAUCGAUGAUAAUGGCGCUGGAAGCAUUAUUGAGUCUCCAGCCGGAUGUUUUUAUUGAUACGAUGGGUUAUGCUUUUACCUAUCCAAUUUUCUCCUACAUUGGAGGGUGUAAGAUUGGUUGCUACACGCACUAUCCGACCAUUAGUACCGAUAUGUUGAGAAGGGUUCAAAGUCAAAUGCACACCUAUAACAAUCGUGGUUACGUGGCCAAGAAUCCCUUCGCUACCUGGAUUAAAAUAGUCUAUUAUCGAAUAUUUUCCAAAAUAUACGGAGUAGUGGGACGCUGCGCAGAUACGAUUAUGGUAAACUCUAGCUGGACGGAGAAUCACAUUAUAUCUCUGUGGGAUGUUCCGUACAAAACUCACCGAGUGUAUCCUCCGUGCGAAGUUUCGCACUUGAGAAAGCUCCAAUCGUUGGCAAGCGCGCAUGAAAAAAUCAUCAUUUUAUCGGUGGGACAAUUUCGCCCGGAGAAGGACCACCCCUUACAGCUGCAAGCGAUGUACGAGCUGAGGACACUGUUGAAUAAGGACGAGGCUCUUUGGAACCAGCUACGGUUGACGAUUGUCGGUUCCUGUAGGGACGAGGAAGAUCGUGAGCGUGUAAAAAAUAUGCAGGACUUUGCGAAACAUCUUUCGCUGGAGAAUUCGGUGGAAUUUUUGGUGAACGUGCCCUACCAGGAGCUGAUUCAGUGCUAUCAGGUUGCUACUAUUGGACUGCAUGCGAUGUGGAAUGAACACUUUGGAAUCAGUGUGGUGGACGGUAUGGCUGCUGGUUUGAUUAUGGUGGCCAACAGAUCCGGUGGCCCACUGAUGGACAUCAUCGAAACGUCCGAAGGCAGUCAAAACGGUUACCUAGCGAUCGAUGCGUACGACUACGCGCGCUGUAUUGCCACCAUCCUCUACAACAGCCGGGAGCAGAAUAACAAAAUCCGUGAAGCAGCACGUGCGUCAGUUGGCCGUUUUUCAGAAAAGGAAUUCGAAAGUGGCUUCCUUCGAGCUAUAUCACCCAUAAUGGAUGACAAGGAGUUCCAGUAGAACCUACAAUCUGGUUAGCUUAUACCAGUUCUGUUUGGUUACUGAACCUGGUUUGUAUCAUAGAAUUUCGUGUAUGUUCGUAAAUACCGCGAAAAUAAUUGAUUCUCCGCUAUUCCUAAUAAAAAAAGUUCUACUGCAUUAAUUAACCCAGGAAUAAAUCUACGGUUAAUUGCUUCCUAGAAUUAGAUCCUAUUGGCUUUAUUCCUAGUUAUUUAUUCGAAUAAGUAUAACUAUCUACGAUGUAAAUUAAA